GGAAGAAGGAAAUGUCGUCACAGUGGUGGUAAAUUCAAACUUCUGCAACAAAACGUCAUUGGAAGUGGUCGCGUAGAUUUACUUACUAAAGGAUCUCUAUUAAAUGUUUUUUUCAUUUAUAACAUUUGGUUUGCUGACAAGAUCCACGUUUGUAUUCAAGGUGCAGUCGUUUUUCCGUAGCGGAAAACCCGUAGUUCAGUGACAUGGCCAUGGACAGCGCAGCGGAACUCCUUAAGAACUAUGAAGUCUACGAAACCAUUGGCUCGGGAGGCUUCGCUAAGGUCAAGCUCGGUCGCCACAUACUGACGGGAGAGAAAGUGGCCAUUAAGAUCAUGGAUAAGAAAGAUCUGGGGGACGACCUUCCCCGUGUGAAGUUGGAGAUCGAGGCGAUGAAGAGUCUCAGUCAUCAGCAUGUGUGCAGACUGUAUCAUGUCAUAGAGACUAACACACAGAUAUUUAUGGUGUUGGAGUAUUGUCCUGGCGGGGAGUUGUUUGACUACAUCAUAGCUAAAGACCGUCUGUCGGAGGAGGAAACCAGAGUGUUUUUCCGUCAGAUUGUUUCGGCGAUGGCCUACGUCCACAGCCAGGGUUACGCCCAUCGAGACCUUAAACCGGAGAAUCUCCUGAUAGAUGAGGAUCACAAUCUGAAACUGAUCGACUUUGGCCUCUGUGCCAAACCAAAGGGUGGUCUGAGCUAUGAGUUGAUGACGUGUUGUGGUAGUCCAGCCUACGCUGCUCCAGAACUCAUCCAGGGGAAAGCCUACAUCGGCUCUGAGGCUGAUGUGUGGAGUAUGGGGGUUCUGCUGUUUGCUCUGCUGUGUGGUUACUUGCCCUUUGAUGAUGACAACUGCAUGGCCCUUUACAGGAAGAUCACGAAAGGUGUAUUUGACAACCCUCGGUGGCUUUCUCCUGGGAGCAUCCUACUUCUAAACCAGAUGAUGCAGGUGAAUCCUAGACAUCGUGUGACUGUCAGACAGCUCCUAGAUCAUCCAUGGAUGAUGACUGGAUAUGGGAGUCCUGUGGAAUGGCACAGCAAGCGACCUCUGGGUUAUAUCGAUGAGGACUGUAUCACUGAGAUGGCUGUCAGCCUGCAGCACUCCAGGAACACAACCCGCCAGAUGGUCAGCCAGUGGAGGUAUGACCAUACCACCGCCAUCUACCUGUUGCUGCUCUCUAAGAAACAGAGAGGAAAACCAGUCCGAAUCCGACAUCUUCCUGUCUCUGAUGUCACAUCCUGUUCACCUCACCAUCUCGUAGUACAGUCUCAGAAGACUCUCCUUUUCACUGACGAUGAUGAUGACGAUGAUGAUGAUGAUGCAGAGGACUUUUGCUAUGACGAUGAUCUGCCCUGGCUCACACCGCAACAAAAGAGAUUGACAUGUCUGUCAGCUGAGAAGGGGCGGGACCAAACAAACCACGCCCCCACUCCAGAGAGACGACCAGUCACACCCCACAGUCGCCAAGAGAGGCGGGACCGAGGCCGGGAACAAAGCAAUAAGAACAAAGAGAACGUUGCUGUGGCCAGUAAGGACUCCGAUAUAUUUGCUCUGCCCGCACCAAGAUCUCCGCUACCCAGCAGGAAAACCACAACGACCAAUAAGAACGUCUUGACCACGCCCACACAUAACAUCAUGAAUCACUCUGGACGCAGGGCAGACACACCCAAAGCCGGAGGCGGUACUCUUCAAGACCCGUCGUCGAGGAAAAGAGAGAGAGAAGAAAGGAAGGCUGAAGGAGUGGUGGAGAUACUGACCUUUAGCCCAGAGAGACGGUCGCGGUCCCUGGACAUGGCGGGGGCGGCGGGGGCUGACAGUGGUCCCAAGAGGAGGGGGGGCAAGGUGUUCGGCAGUCUGGAGAGGGGGCUGGAUAAAGUCAUCACCCUGCUGACACCUGGCAGGAGACGGGGGGGACGGGACGGCCCCCGCAGGAUCAAGGCCCAAUAUAACGUAACAUUGACCAGUCAGACGAGUCCCGACCAGGUGUUGAAUCAGCUCCUCUCCAUUCUACCAGAGAAAAACGUGGACUUCUUACAGAAGGGCUACACUCUGAAGUGUCGUACCCAGGGGGACUUUGGAAAGGUGACGAUGGCCUUUGAGCUGGAGGUGUGUCUGCUUCAUAGGCCUGAGGUGGUGUGUGUAAGGAGGCAGAGGCUGAAGGGAGACUCCUGGGUUUACAAGAAACUGGUGGAGGACAUCCUGUCUACAUUCAGCAUCUAGGCUUCCUGUGGAUGUCAUAUCCUGUCCAGCUACAUCGUGCUCAUAACACAUCCUGACUGUCCCUCUCAGCAUAUAGAAAUGACUACUUCCUGUUGAUGUCAGAUCUUGCAUCUAGACAUUCUAAUGAUGAUGUCACAUCCUGUCUACAUCCUGCAUCACAGCCUUUUAGAGGAUCUCUGUAUUUUAGCACAGAAUUUGGAUUUAACCAGUAUUACAUGUUACUAGUGAGUGGCAGAUGGCCUGGUUGUUGUAGGAUACAGUGAGUUGAUAAUGAGUUGAUAGUUUCAAUUCCCUGAUUGGACAAUGUAAAUAAAUUAAUCUUAUGGUCUUUAGCAAGGCGCUUAAUCCUUAUUGUUCUUGUAAGUAGCUCUGCUGAAUGAAUGUGUCGUAUUACUUAUCUACAAUAGUAUAUAUUCAACUUGUGUAGUGUAAUUUAUGUGGAGGAAAUAAGGAAACUGGGCAGAAUAAAGAAAUUGCUGUUUCUGAUGUCUGGACCCUUCAACUCCCCUGACUAACACUUUACUGAAUGCAUCCUUUUCUGUUUGACUUCUUUUAUUCUUGUACUGUACGUUUUGCUAUUAUUUUCCUGUUAUUCUGGCGUCCUUUCUAUUGGUCCAUCCAUGUCUCAUCUGUGAGAUGAUUUAUUUCAAUAUCAAUGAACAAAAUAAAUGGAGUUUCUAGUA